AUGCAGUCUGUACAGAGUCAGCAAAGUGUCAUCAAAAAGGUCCGUGAGGUCCUGGACAAGUAUGAGCCUCGGCUCAGCGAGAUUAAUCAAAAGAUCUGGUCCAAUCCUGAACUCGCCUUUGAAGAACAUGAUGCCCACGAUAACAUUUGUGCAUUCUUCGACGCCCUCGCGAAUGGAUACACAGUAAAACGCCACGCAUAUGGCGUCAACACUGCGUUCGAAGUGAGCUACACGCAUGGCCAGGCUGGUCGCGUAGUCGCCUUCAAUGCAGAGUACGAUGGCCUACCUGGUAUGGGACAUGCUUGCGGUCACAACCUGAUUGCCACAAGCUCGAUUGCAUCCUUUCUGGCUACCACCGAGGCAAUGAAGGCCCUCUACUCCGACACCACUGGAUUCUCGGUCCGGUUACUAGGUACCCCAGCUGAAGAAGGCGGUGGCGGCAAAGUCAACCUUAUCGAUGCGGGCGCGUACAAGGAUGUUGAUGCCUGUCUUAUGGUUCAUCCUUACCCUAUCCUAUCUGGUGCACCGGACCUAUUGAGCUCCGCGUCAGACUCAAGUCAAUACCUUGCGAUUAACUCGGUCGAGGUUACGUACACGGGUAAACCGGCCCAUGCAUCUGCUGCACCUUGGGAGGGAAUCAAUGCCCUGGACGCUGUUGUCGCGGCCUACGUGAAUAUCUCCAUGCUCCGGCAGCAGAUCCUCCCCACGCAGAAAAUUCAUGGUGUGGUCUUGAGAGGUGGUGAGAGACCUAAUGUUAUUCCUGCAUCUACUACCGUCGAGUAUUAUAUUCGAUCGGAGACGAAGGAGACUCUGGACCCGUUGACCGAGCGCGUGGUGAAAUGCUUUGAUGCUGCCGCUACUGCGACUGGGUGUAGCGUCGAGUAUAAGUGGGCGCCUUCGCACACGGAUAUGAAGGUCAACAAACCUAUUCGUGAUAGCUAUACCUCAGCUAUGAAUGCUAUGGGGUAUAAGACUAUCGCUGAUGCGGUGGGACAGGAGGGUGGGUUGAGUGGAGGAUCUACUGAUAUGGGCAACGUUUCUUACGAGGUUCCUGGAUUCCAUGGAGGAUUCUAUAUACGCACCGAUGGGGUUAACCACACACCUCAAUUUACUGCUGGUGCUGGCUCUGAAGAAUCGUUUCAACGCAGUUUAGCUUGUGCUGCUGGUAUGGCUGUAGUGGGAUGUCGUGUUCUGGUAGAUGAUAAAUUCUCAUCGGCUAUUAAGGUGGACUUUCAGAAGAAAAAGUGA